GGAAGAUGGCGCCGUGAGCGGGUCGGAGCCGCCGCCGCCCCCGGCCGCUCGAGGGACAGCCCAGCAUGGCUGCCACUGCUGCUGUCAGCCCCAGCGAGUACCUGCAGCCCGCCAGCGCCAACGCCCAGGACUCGCAGCCGUCGCCGCUGGCGCUGCUGGCGGCCACAUGCAGCAAGAUCGGUCCCCCCGCCGUGGAGGCGGCCGCGGCGCCGCCGGCGCCCCCGCAGCCCGCGCCCCGCAAGCUGGUGCCCAUCAAGCCCGCCCCGCUGCCCCUGGGCGCCGCCAAGGGCGGCAUCGGCAUCCUGUCCUCCAAGGGGAGCCUCCUCCAGAUCCAGGGCUCCCAGCUGGGCGCCUCCUACCCCGGCGGGCAGCUGGUGCUGGCCAUCCAGAACGCGGCCGUGCUGGGCAAAGCCUCGCGCUCCUCCUCCUCCUCCUCCUCGUCCUCCUCCUCCAGCAUCCAGUACCAGGCGGUGCCACAGCUGCAGCCCAGCGGCGCUCAGACCAUCCAGGUGCAGCCUAACCAGAUCCAGAUCAUCCCGGGCACCAGCCAGGCCAUCCUCACGCCCUCCUCCUCCUCCUCCUCCUCCUCCUCCUCCUCCUCCUCCUCGCACAAGCCCGUGCCCAUCAAGCCGGCCCCGGCGCAGAAGGCGGCGGCAGCGGGCGGCGUGGUCAAGCUGCCCGCGGGUGCCAACGUCACCCUGAGCCUGCCCCCGGCCCUGGUGGGCCCCGAGGCGGGCGGGCAGCCCCAGCUGCUCACGGACAGCCCCUCCAAGGGCGGCAAAAAGCCGCGGAAGAAGGCGCCGUCCCCGGGGCAGCCCGCGGCCGUGGCCGUGGCCGAGCAGGUGGAGACGGUGCUGAUCGAGACCACGGCCGAGAACAUCAUCCAGGCGGGCAGCAACCUGCUGAUCGUGCAGAGCCCGGGCGCGGGGCAGCCCGCCGUGCUGCAGCAGCUGCAGGUGGUGCAGCCCAAGCAGGAGCCGCAGGUGGUGCAGAUCCCGCAGCAGGCGCUGCGCGUGGUGCAGGCCGCCUCGGCCACGCUGCCCACUGUGCCCCAGAAACCGUCCCAGAACUUCCAGAUCCAGGCGGCCGAGCCCACCCCCACACAGGUUUACUUCAAGACCCCCUCUGGGGAGCUGCAGUCGGUGCUGCUGCAGGAGGCCUCGUCCAUCCCGGUGCCGCCGGGCGGUUCGUGCGGCAGCCCCGGCCCCGGUACCGGCCCCGGCAGCGCCCGCAGGCCGGCCCCGCGCAAGGAGCGGCCGCUGCCCAAGAUCGCCCCGGCCGGGGGCAUCCUGAGCCUGAGCGCGGCACAGCUGGCAGCAGCUGCACAGGCCAUGCAGACCAUCAACAUCAACGGCGUGCAGGUGCAGGGCGUGCCCGUCACCAUCACCAACAGCGCAGGCCAGCAGCAGCUGACGGUGCAGAACGUGUCGGGCAACAACGUGACCAUCAGCGGGCUGAGCCCCACGCAGAUCCAGCUGCAGAUGGAGCAGGCGCUGUCCGGGGACGUGCAGCCCGGAGAGAAGAGGAGGAGGAUGGCCUGCACCUGCCCCAACUGCAAGGACGGCGACAAGCGGCCGGGCGACGGCGGCAAGAAGAAGCACAUCUGCCACAUCCCCGAGUGCGGGCGCACCUUCCGCAAGACGUCGCUGCUGCGGGCGCACGUGCGGCUGCACACGGGCGAGCGGCCCUUCGUGUGCAACUGGGUGUUCUGCGGCAAGCGCUUCACGCGCUCCGACGAGCUGCAGCGGCACGCGCGCACCCACACAGGUGACAAACGCUUCGAGUGCGCGCAGUGCCAGAAACGCUUCAUGCGCUCCGACCACCUGACCAAGCACUACAAGACACACCUGGUCACCAAGAACCUGUAGGGCAUGGGGGGGGGCACCCCCUGCGCCCCCAAACCCACGGCCCCGCAGCCCGGGGCCACCCGCAGCACUCCAGGCAGGGACCCUGGGCACGUCCCUGCCCGACCCACCGCGCCGAGCACCCCCAAAACGGGGCUGGGGGCGUCCCCGGGGGCCCGCGGGCUCAGGGGGUGCCCCUAUGGCCCAGGAGGGUUUAGGGGGUCACCCAGAGCACCCCCUGUGCCCCCACAGGUUUAGGGGGUCACCCAGACCCUCCCCUGUGACCCACAGCCCUCCUGUGCCCCCACAGGCUGAUGGGGUCCCCCAGACCCUUGCUGUGACCCCCCAUUUUCCCCCGUUUUCCCCCCCAGGUGUGGGGCAGGAGCCCCGGAGCGGCUCCAGAGCACAUUCCUACUUUAUAUUUAAAGUCUAUAAAUAGCUAUAAAUAUCUAUAUCCCCUUUGGGACAGCCCUGUUUUCUAUCAGUCGUUGCCUUACGCUCCCCCGUCCCGCCCGCCCCGUGGAUCAUGAGUGCUUUUUUAAUCUAUUUAAUCCCCAAAACUCCCUUUGUCCCCCCCUCAUGGCCAAUUCCUCUCUCCCAAUUUUUGUUUCCGAGCAACGUUGGCAAUUCCCCUUUUUUUUUUUUUUUUUGCAAUUUUUGGACUCCAUCCCUUUUUUUUUUUUCUUUCCUUUUCCCUUCCUUUUUUUUUUCUUUUUUCCCCUUUUUUCUUCCUUAUUUUUUAUUUUCGCCCCUUUUUCUUUGCUUUUUUCCUCCCCUUUUUCCUUCCUUAUUUUUUUCCCUUUUUCCUUCCUUAUUUUUUAUUUUUCCCCUUUUUUUUUGGUUUCACCCCUUUUUCCUUCCCUUUUCCCCCCUUUUUCCUUCCUUAUUUUUUAUUUUCUACUUUUUUUCUUCCUUAUUUUUUAUUUUCCCCCCUUUUCCCUUCCUUUUUUCUUCUUUUUUCCCUUUUUCCUUCCUUUUCUUUUCCCCCCUUUUCCCUUCCUUAUUUCUUAUUUUCCCCUUUUCCCUUCCUUAUUUUUUUUUCUCCUUUUCCCUUCCAUAUUUUUUCUUUCUCCCCUUUUCUCUUCCUUAUUUUUCCCCGUUUUCCAUUCCUCAUUUUUUCUUUUCCCCCCACUUUUUCCCUUCAUAAUUUGUUUUAUUUUUCCUCCAUUUUCCCUUCCUUAUUUUUUUAUUUUCACCUCCUUUUCCUUCCUUAGUUUUUUAUUAUUUUUCCCCUUUCCCCUCUCCCUUUUUGUUUCCUUUUCCCCAUCCCCGCGUGUGCCCCCCGUGUACAGUGUACAUUGUAUCAUAGAUUUAUUGCUUUGGAGCUUUAAAUUAAACAGAAAUUCCGUUUA